UAGACUAGAAACACAACCCAAGAGUAGUGGGUGUGACAAGCAAUGGCGUAAGCAAAACAAGACUCUUUGAUGCCCCACACGCAUCUUUGCCCCUCAAUCCUUCCCAUCUCUCCUGCUUUCACCUGCUGCACCUCCACCCCCACUUCCAAUAAUCCGCCUUCUCUCUCUCUUUCUCUCUCCUUUGUGACAAGUAGUCUCUGCGCGUGUCCCUUUUCUUCUCCAAAUUUACCCCAUUAAUUGCAAUUUCUGAAACCCUAACCCUAAAUUAUACUAUCAAAGAAAAAAAAAAAUCCCCAAAAAAAUUUCAAGAUUUCUUAAAAAAACCCAUAUAGUACUACCCAAGAUGGAAGUGAAAUUGUGGAAUGAUAAGCGUGAAAGAGAAAUGUAUGAGAAUUUUGCUGAGCUUUACGCCAUUAUUAAGGCCACUGAGAAGCUGGAAAAGGCUUACAUUGGGGAUGUAAUUUCCCCUUCAGACUAUGAAACUGAAUGCGUAAAAUUGAUUGCCCACUUCAAAACCCUUUCGUCGUCGCUGAAGGACACUGUCCCUAGCAUUGAGAGCUUUGUUGAUAAGUAUAAAAUGGAUUGCCGGGCUGCGUUGAAUAGGCUGGUGACUUCUGGGGUGCCUGCUACAGUAGAGCAUAGGGCAGCUGCUGCUGCUUCUAAUACCACUUCAGCUGCCACUGUGGCCGAAUGUGUUCAGAACUUUAUCACGGCGAUGGAUUCGUUGAAAUUGAAUAUGGUGGCGGUUGAUCAGGUCUAUCCCCUGUUGUCGGACCUCUCAACUGCGUUGAACAAGCUUAGUUUAUUGCCGCCUGAUUUUGAGGGGAAGACCAAAAUGAAAGAGUGGCUUGGACGGUUGUCUAAGAUGGGUGCUGCUGAUGAACUGACUGAGCAACAAGCAAGGCAGCUUCACUUUGAUCUCGAGUCUUCGUACAACUCUUUCAUGGCUGCUUUGCCUUCUGCUGGAACUUGAUUCACUUGGGUGAGCUUGUAAAUAUUAUUUAUAUAAAUACUACUUUCAAACUUUUUUCUUUUGGUUCGUUGUAUUAAGUAGGUGAUGCAUGCUAUGGCUGCUUUUGCUGGAAUGUGAAUGAUGAUAUUAUGAUUAUCUUCAAAUGUUGAUGGAUUUUAUGAUGGCUGGAAUUGGUUUGUAGGAGGGAAUUUUUUGUACCUGUCAACAGACUCCAUAUGUUGAAUAAUACUUUACUCCUUGUUCUAUAAUCUUUCUGAGAGUUAGAGCAGUCUAACCAUAUUAA